AAUGUCAGUCAUUAAAUAAUUCAUAUUUGUAUGAUACUUUAACGGAUGCGUUUCCGGUUCUACAUUGUUUUCUAGAAACCGAACCGGAAUCGCUUUUUUCUCAUAUAUACUGACCGGAACCGCCGUACUCUAUCGAUAAGGGUCUUCAUCGUUUCUUUCCAAUGUUGAAAACCGUGACUCUUCAUCUUGUUCCUAUUGAUAGCUCUUCACAAGAAUACGUACCUACCUUUUAUUUUGAAAUGAGUAGUUCAAUAUAACAAAUAGAAGAUAGAUCAGAAUUUAUAAAUAAACAUUUUUAUAUUCUAGUCAAUUUCAUUAUCAUCGUUGAAUCUUACAAUAUAUAUUCAAAAUUUAAAUGAUAAUCCACCGAAAUUUUUAAUACAAAAUUUUACGACGCUUUAUUAUUUUUUUUAUCCAAUUAUCAAUACAAUUCUUUAUAGAAUUCAUGUUAUUGAUAAAGAUGAAUCAAUUUUAACCUAUGAAAUUAUAAAUGAUACUUCAUUAACUUAUAGACUUCGUACGUCUUCAAAUUCAACUGAAUUAAUUCUUAUGAAAUCGGUUAAUAAUAAUCAUGAAGAUAAUUUAAUUAUCCGUGUUUGGGAUAGUAAAAUAUUCUUUUCAGAUUUAUAUCUUCGUAUUAUUUAUUUUCAAUAUCAAAAUCCAUAUCCAAAACUUCUCGUACAAACAAUUGAUGGUUAUGUAAAUUUUCAAGAAAAUUCAUCUGCAAUUAAAUUAGGUCAGUUAUCUCUACAUAAUCAAUCUCAAUACUCCUAUACUUAUUUUCAAUUAAUAUCACAUAAACAUUUUUUCCUCAAAUAUCUAUCAAAUAAUCAAACUGAACUUUAUUUCAAACCUUCUCAUCAAUCAUCUCUUGUUAAUUUUCAAAUUCAUAUAAUACCUAUUACUCUAUCAAAACCCAUACCGGAAAUUCUUUUUCAUAAUAAAACAAAAGUUUUUUUUCCAUCAACAAUAAAACCUCAAACAAUUAAUAUUCAUCUAUGGUCUAUUACUAAUGAAAUGUUAAAUCGAACAAUAUCAUUAAUCAUAAAUAUAAAUCCUAAUACAACCUACGAACAAUUUAUUAUUCAUAAUUUACCAUUAAUACGUCAAAAUUUAGCUCAAAUUAUAGGUGUACAUACACAUCAUGUUCAUAUCUAUACGUUUGAUUUAAAACAUAAUCAAAUUGAAUUACUUAUUGCUGUCGCACGUUCAAUAUCAAUCCGAUAUAUACAUAAAAAAUUUCUUUAUAAUCUAUUAAAAAAUUCAACGAAUAUUUUUGAAAAAAUUCUUUACAAUCAAUGUCAAUCAAAUCCAUGUGAACAUGAUGGAUAUUGUAUUAAUUAUAUUAAUUUAUUAAAUAAUCAAUAUGAAUAUUUGUAUUACAAUACAUAUGAACGUUUAAUACCAAAAUAUAAAAGAAAUAUAAAAUGUUUAUGUAAAAAUAAUUAUUAUGGAGAAUAUUGUCAAUUUAAAGAAAAUAAACAAUCACCAUGUUCAUCAAAUCCUUGUUUACCAAUGGAAAGAUGUAUUGAAUUAAAUUCAACAUUUUAUACAUGUCAAUGUAUGGAUGAAUUAUGUAAUUAUGAUGAUAUUGCUAUAGAAAAUUCAUAUGAAUGUAUUAAUACUAAUUCACCAACAUGUCGAGAUUCAUCGAAUACGUUGACUUUCGAUGGUUAUAGUUUAAUUCAAAUGAAUUUAACAAUGAGUAUAAUACAACAUCUAAAUAUAACAUUUAGUUUUCGAACAGAAUUAACUCAAGGAAAAUUAUUUAAAUUAAUUUAUUUCAAUGAAAAUAUGCAUUCAUUAACUAUACAGAUUAUUAAUGGUUAUAUUCAAAUUGAAUUAAAUGAACAAAUUUUGCUACAAAUAAAUCAUUUAUUAAUUAAUGAUGGUCAAUGGCAUGAUAUUUAUUUUUCAAUUGAUUAUUCUCAUAAUUAUUUUUAUUAUCUUCUUCGACUUGAUUAUGUUUUUAGUGAUAAAAUUAGUUUAUAUCAAAAAGCAUAUUCAAAAAAUUAUACUCAAUUAAUAAUUGGUUCUGAUUUUGAUGGAUGUAUAGGAAAUGUAACAUUAAAUAAUCAAUCAAUUUUGUCUCAAAAUAAUUCAAUAGAAUUUAUUGGUACAAAGAAUGGUUGUCAAUCAGUAGAAAUCGUUCGAGAAUAUAUUGACAAUGAUGAUAUUUGUUCAUUAUAUCACCCAUGUUAUCAUGGAGGUAUCUGUACAAAUAAUGGAUUUAGUUUUAUAUGCAAUUGUUCGACAAAACGUUUUACUGGUCGUCAAUGUGAAUAUGAUUUAUAUCCUUGUGAAAGUCAACCAUGCCAUUUUAAUAAACAAUGUAUACCAUUUGUAUCAAAUUCUAAUAAAUCAUAUACAUGUAUUCCUACAUUGAUUUCGUUGUCAACUACAAUAAAAAGGUCUAUAUAUAUUACAUUAAUUAUUAUAAUUAUUAUAUGUAUUUUAUUAUUAUCAAUAUUAUACUAUUGUAAAAAAUACAAAAGAAAAUUUCAUCGAAAUAAAUUAUCCGUUUCUUCACCAUUACUUGUUCAUAAAUCAUCAUUAAUAAUGAAUCAAAUCGAAAGUCCAAUGGAUACAUUAGUAAAAUUAGAUUGUGAUAAAAAACAAACAACUAAAUUGAUAACAGUUGCAGAUAAUAUUCGUUCAGAUUCAAUAAUAAACAAUUAUGAUGAAAGAGAUUUUCAUCAACCAUUUGAUUUUUUAAAUCAUAAUUAUCAUAAUUCAAAAUAUUAUUCGACUAUUGACCAAAUAAAUGCCUUAUCAGAUAAUUGUCGUAAUGAUUAUACAUCGUUUGAGUAUGAUGAUACAGAUAUACCACAAACAACAGAUUUAUUUGAUUUUUCAUCAUCACCUGCAAAAUAUUUUAAUAUUCGUAAUUCAGAUAGUCAAGUAAAUUAUCAUAUUCGUAUGAAUACUUUAUCGGAUUUAACAGAAAAUUUUACUGAACAAAAUGAUAUUGAUUUAACUGAAUCAUCAAAUGUUUCUUCGGAUCUUGAUCAAAUUUUAUUAAAUUCUCCAGCAAAAACAUCAGAUAAUAAAUGUUCAGUUUUUUUCAAUUAUAAUAAUAAUAAUAUGCCAACAUCAACAAUAUCUCUAUCCGACACACCUAUGUAUGCAAGAAUUGUUAAAACACCAAAAUUGAUAGUUAAUAGUAUGAGUACUAUUGAACGACUUCGAUUAAGUAAUCCAUUAGCAUUAGCUCCAACACUGUUUAUUAAACCAAUUGAUAAUAUUCAUGAAGAUCGAAAUCGAUUAACAUCAAAAACACCAAUGAUAAAUCGUUUGAAACAUGCAAGUGAUUCUGAUCUACAAACUGAAGAUACGUCUACGAGCAUUACUAUUCCAACAGCUAUUAUUCUCACGAAAAAGGAAAACGUUGUUGAAACAAAUUUAACAACAAUAAUGAUGAAAACAACAGAAAAAGGAUCAACAACAUCGAUUUUAACAACAACAAAAAACCCAUCAACAACAACAACAGAAGCAGGAUGUACCUGGUCACAAACUGCUAUUACCAUAUUUGGCAGUCAAGGAGGUAAAUCUGGCUCUAACCUUUCACUUCUUUUUGAACCAAUUGGAAUGUAUUAUGACGAACCUAAUAAUAUUUUAACGGUUGUGGAUAAUCAAAAUUAUCGUGUUCUACAAUUUCCUAUCACUAAUCCGCCUUCAGUUGCAACAGUAAUUGCUGGUAGUAAUGGCCAGGGUUGCAAAAUGAAUCAGUUUGAUGCUGCUGAUGGAAUAGGUUUUGAUAGUUCUGGUCAAUUGUAUACAGCAGAUUACGGUUGCAAUCGGGUCGUUAGAUUUCCAUCAAAUUCAACUUCGACGACAUCUGGAACUGUUGUUGGUUCUAUAUUUCGAGCAGCACUAAUAUCCAUAGAUUCUUUGACUAAUGAUAUCUAUGCAGUUAGCGAUGGUAAUAAUACGAUAUACAAGUUUGUGAAUGGUAGUGGACCACCAGUGGUUGCAGCAGGUGGCAAUGGAAAAGGAAAUGCCUUAAAUCAGUUGUCAGCUCCAAAUGGUGUUUACUAUGAUUAUUUAAAUACAAGUUCUUUAUAUGUUGUUGAUAGUGGUAAUAAUCGUGUAUUAAAAUUUCCGUCAGGUUCAACGAGUGCAACUAAUGGAACAGUUGUCGCUGGAGGUAAUGGAGCUGGAAGUAGAGCGAAUCAGUUGAAGAAUCCAAGAUCUAUACUGGUCGAUAGUAAUGGAACUCUCUAUAUAUCUGAUGGAGAUAACAAUCGUAUUCAACGUUGGCUGAAAAAUGCGACUACUGGUACUACAAUCAUUGGUGGCACAUCAGGAACAGCAUCGCAUCAACUCAAGUGGCCUGAACAAAUCCUCUUCGAUAGAUAUCAGAACCUAUUGGUUGCUGAUAGACAAAAUAAUCGAAUUCAACGCUUUAAUAUAACAACAUGCUAG